GACUGAACAUUUUGGAGAGAGUUUCUAGGAGGCGGAACCCACUCACGCAAUGGGGCAGUAGAAAGCGAUAUCACAUAAAGGAAUUCAAGUUCGUUUGUCAGUCAGCAGUUUACACUGAAGAUUGUCUCUAUCAGGUCGAGUAUACUGGAUCUCUAUUGUGUUCGUCGCUCACCUUUCAUACUUGUUGGACAUGGGAUUUCUUCUGACCAAAAUGCUGUCUGUCUUCGGGGACACAGAGCACAAAGUCAUCAUUGUGGGUUUGGACAAUGCUGGGAAGACAACCAUCCUUUAUCAGUUUCUGACAAAAGAAGCCGUGCACACAUCACCAACCAUCGGCAGCAACGUUGAGGAGAUCACCGUACGUAAAACACACUUCUUGGUUUGGGAUAUCGGAGGACAGGACAGCCUUCGAGCCAGCUGGUACUCAUACUACUGCAACACAGAGAUCGUCAUUUUGGUUGUGGACAGCACCGACCGUGAACGUCUCUCGCUCACCAAAGACGAACUGCACCAAAUGCUUGCACAUGAGGAACUACGAAAUGCAGCUCUUCUUAUUUUGGCCAACAAACAGGACGUGAAAGGCUCGAUGACGGCAGCAGAGAUCUCGCAGUGCCUCACACUCGACUCCAUCUCAUCACACACCUGGCAUGUUCAAGCCUGCUGUGCCCUCACAGGGGAGGGUCUACCUGCCAGUCUGGACUGGAUGAAGUCUCGGGUUGUUGCAAACUAAAAGAACGUGUUCCAAUGGAUUCAAUUUCCUCAAACUGAGCCAACAUGGAAGGCCCUGCAGACGCCUCAGUGUCGGUAUAUUGACUGUUUUUGGGACAAAGUCCUCUGAACAUGGCGUCGAUGAUAGAGUCUGUGAUAGAUACUGCUGCGCCGCGCCACACCUACUAUAUGUACGACCAAGGCUUCAGGGUGGAGGAGCAACAGAGAAUCCUGGGUGAUCCUAGAGUUGGUUAAUGUUCACCAUUUAUCUAUAAAUGUGUACUGUUUUUUUUACUGCUAAAAUAGUGUUUGGUUAUAUUUUACUAAUCUUGAAGCAAUAAAAGGCAGAUUUAUUUAUGGAGCACAUUCAAGCCACAAGGCAAUUCAAAGUGCUUUACUUAACACUUCAAAGCAUUAAGAGAAAGUGCAUAAGAAACAGACCACAUGAGUAAUUUUAAUACAAUUAAAAGCCAUCAUUAAAGGGCCAAGAGGACAGGAACAGAAUACGACAAUAAAUGUAACAUUGCAUUGUGAAGUUAUCUCAUUGAACAAAAGGCAGCGACACACAGAAAAGUUUCCAGUCUUAAUCCAACAAACUCAGGGUUAAAGCGCUCCUGCAGUUAAUUGUAUUUUGUUCCAGAUAUGGGGUCCAUAAAUCCUCAUUGCUGAACUCCCAAGUUUUUAUCAGUUGUGGUGAUGUAGAUGAGAACAACUACGGAGUGAUAAUGCGCAAGCGACCCACCUAGAGAGGCCAGAUCCUACCUGACCAGAUAUAUCACAUUCCUCUGUUCUGUCACAAUGGGGUAAUUUUAGUCACUGGAGUUAUUUUUAAAAGUAAAGUAGUAAUUAAAGUAUCAAUAAUGCAUUCAUCACUGCAACUAAACAAGUUUUACUGAAGAGAUUACAACCUACACAAUGACCCUAGUUGAUAAUAGAUUAAAACGUUAGCUUAUGUUUUAUUUCUAUAGUCUUGUUCUAAUCUCAUAUUUUAAUGUCAUUAAGCUAAUCAGGUGCCCUUUUAUUCCUCUUGUGCAAACACAUUAAGCCUUAAGUGAGACAAUCAGGAUCUCAUCUUGACCUUUGAUUCUCUGCACCAAUUACUUUCUCUUUUACUUAACAUGAACUACUCCUUUUCAACCUAAAUAGUACCUCACUAGUUGCAAAAACAGCUGCCUAGUAUUCGCCUCUACCAUAGAUGACUUUUACACAACAACUGUGGUGAAACUUUACAGCACAUUUCGUAAAUCCUAUGGCCUAAGAAACUCUUCAAUAUUAGGAUAAGUCUGCCCCUAAUGUAUUAAAUGUUAUUGAAUGCCAUUGAACAACAACUCUUUUGUUAGAACUGUUAGAAAUGUUUAGUAAAUUAUUAUAAGAGAAAAAAAAGCUCUUGAACUGUAUAUUACAGCAAAUUCCUGAAUUGGAAAGUGAACUGGCUGCUAAGGACUAUGAGUCAUAUUUUGAAAGAAUAUAUAUUGUAUUGUGUAAUUGCCUUUUUUUUUAAAAAAUAAACAGUAGUACAAAUA